CUUUUGUUUUUCCGUGUGAGCAGGUUGGCUACUCUACCUGAGAAACCACCUGCUAUCGACUGGGCUUACUACAAGGCCAACGUGGCGAAGGCCGGCUUAGUCGAUGACUUUGAGAAGAAGUUUAGUGCCCUGAAGGUUCCCGUGCCAGAGGAUAAGUACAGUGCCCUGGUGGAUGCUGAAGAAAAAGAAGAUGCGAAAAGUUGUGCUGAGUUUGUGUCUCUCUCAAAGACCAGGAUUGAGCAAUACGAGAAAGAGCUGGAGAAGAUACGGAACAUAAUUCCGUUUGACCAGAUGACCAUCGAGGAUUUGAAUGAAGUCUUCCCGGAAACCAAAUUAGACAAAAAGAACUAUCCCUACUGGCCUCACAAGCCAAUUGACAGUUUAUAAACUUAAGUCUGAGAGGAAGCUCUGCUCCUUGUAUUUUAAACUCUGGACAUUAAAAAUAAUCAGAUGGUG